AUGGCACUUGAAUAUUCAACACCAAAAGUAUUGGUACUACGAAGUAAUACAAUUGGAGCAGUCCAUCGCAUCCUCCAGGCUUUGGUACUUCUCUAUCUAAUUUGGUAUGUCUACAUAAACAAAAAAGCUUACCAAGAAACAGACUCCAUUCUCAGUUCAGUGACCACCAAGGUGAAGGGAAUUACUUUCAUGAACACAUCUGACCUUGGCAAAAUUUGGGACGUUGCUGACUACGUAAUUCCACCACAGGAGCCGAACUCAUUCUUUGUGCUGACAAACCUGAUUGUGACCCAGAACCAAACACAGACCACCUGUGCAGAGAUCCCGAGCGUAGAUUCUAUUUGCUCCUCAGACAAGGAUUGCAAACAUGGAAUACGUAGUUCACGAAGCAAAGGUUGGCAGACAGGUAAAUGUGUGGACUUCAAUCGCACAGUUAAAACAUGUCAGAUAUUGGCCUGGUGUCCCUUAGAAAGAGACGAUAAACCACCCAAUCCUCCGCUUUUAACAGGUACAGAAAAUCUCACAGUGCUGGUGAAGAAUAACAUCCAAUUUCCAAAGUUCAACUUUAUCAAAAGGAAUAUCGAUCCACAUAUAAACAGCUCCUACUUGAACCAGUGUGUCUUUAACCGCUCUACCGACCCAGAAUGCCCGAUCUUCAGGCUCAAAGACAUCAUAGAAGAGGCAGAGGAGGACUUCCAGACCAUGGCGAUUCAUGGUGGAGUGAUGGCGUUCCAGAUCAGAUGGGACUGUGACCUGGACUGGGCAGACAGGUGGUGUGUGCCACAAUAUGAAUUCCGGCGUAUGGACAAACACAGAGCAAACCCAGUUACAACAGGAUAUAAUUUCAGGUAUGCAAAAUAUCACAAUAAGUUCCAUAUGAACAGAACUUUAAUCAAGGGAUAUGGAAUUCGCUUUGACAUUAUAGUAUUUGGACAGGCUGGCAAAUUUGACUUUGUUCCAACACUGGUCAAUUUAGGAUCUGGUUUGGGUCUCUUCGGCUUGGCCACAUCUAUUUUUGGUUUGAUAAUCACGCCUUGCUUGACCAAAUGGCCCCAUUACAGAGAACGGAAGUUUUCAUAUCUUGAACAGGAUUCAGAAUACGAGCCCAUCUCAGGAUCCACAACAGGUGCUCAGUGA